AAAAGCGUUCAAUGGCUGCAGCAGUGCUGCGCACACAUGAUAUCACACCGGUAUCGCUAGCUUUAUCUAGAGGAUUUUCAAGUACAUCACAUUCAGGUGUCAUUUAAAAGCUCUUUCUCAUUUUCAACGCGGACUUGCUGAAGCAUGUGUGUGUUUGGAGGAGCGCUGAGGCGCGCGCUGACCGCCUGUCAAUCAUCGGCUCUGCUGUGCGCGAGACUCUUCAGCGCAGGCUCGUGCGCUAGGAUACGAAUGCACGCGGUUCCCAAACUGAGAGAGCUGGAUCGAUGGACGGAGAAGAGAAGCAUGUUUGGAGUCUAUGACAACAUCGGGAUCUUGGGUAAGCGCAUUCAAACUUAA